AUGGACGAAGCGAUUGCCACCGUUGUCUCCGUCUGCGGGACAACUCCAGAAUUAGCCUCGCAAUAUGUGCAGCUUGCGGACGGCGAUCCUAAUCAAGCAGUCCAGUUGUUCUUCGAAAACGGUGGCGCCGACCUGACAGGCAAUUCCUCUCGUCCUCCUCCACCUCCACCAUCUUCCUCUAACGCCCAUAGACCUGGCGAACCGCUGAACCUCAUCGAUGACGAUGCCGACGAGAAUAUCUCCGAUGACAAUGACCCGGAAAUUACUGGUUUUCGCAAGAUUCCACAGAGAGCCACGCCUUCCGGUCCUGCACGAGGCGCAGAUUAUGAGGAUGACGAGGCUAUGGCACGGCGAUUGCAAAAUGAGAUGUACGGCGAAGGCGUCAUGGACGAAUCUGUGCGAGCUCCUAUUGCCCGACAGGCGGAGGUUUUGGUAGGACCAGGGUCGGCCGCCCCGCCCAUGGACCCUGCUGUAUAUUCCAAUGCCGUGGAACAACGAAUGCAAGCCCUUGAAAGAAGGAGACAGCUAGCACGGGCAGGGAUCUUUAAUCAACAUCAACCGACUUCCAUCUGGGAACAAGGAUUGAACAUCACCUCGAGCGGUCCGGAUGCCCUUGCAGAGUCCACUGGGGGAGCAUCAGAGGCUUCCGCGAGGUCAAAUCGACUUGCGAGGCUUUUUCAACCCCCAUGGGACCUAAUGUACAAGGGAAAUUGGGAGGGCGCAAGAGACGAGGGUAAAGAACACAAGAAGUGGCUUCUGGUAGACAUCCAGGACCCUUCCAUCUUUGACUGCCAGGCGUUGAAUCGCGACAUAUGGAAGAACGAAGGCAUCGUCGACACGGUCAAGGAGAACUUCAUCUUUCUGCAAUACAACAGGAACGACCCGAGAGCCUCACAGUAUAUCCAAUAUUAUUUCCCCAACUAUGAGGUGCAGAGCGAAUAUCCACAUGUUGCCAUUGUCGACCCACGAACAGGUGAACAAAUAAAGCUUUGGUCGCGCAAAGUUCCGCCACCACCUGAAUUUCUCAUGCAACUGCACGAAUUCUUAGACCGAUACAGCCUCGAAAACAACGCUCGGAAUCCGGUAGCCAAGCGCAAGUCUGAAGCCAAGAAAGAGAAACCCGUCGAUCAGCUCACCGAGGAGGAGAUGUUGGAACGGGCGCUGCAGGCCAGUCUGGCCACCCAGAGCCAGGAACACAAAUCGGCACCGGCAGAAGAUCCUGAUGAUCUCACACGGAGUGUUGGAGAUAUCCGCAGGGGAGACCUACCAGAUAGUGCCAGUGCAAUGGAUGUCGACCAGAACGGCGCGGAAGAAUCAGUGGAGUCGAGUGCUUUUGCCCAAAUUGCGUCCGAUCGCCCUCACACAGAGCCACCCCCCGGACCAGGAGUGACGCGAGUCCAAAUCAGACACCCCGGCGGCCGCAUUGUUCGACGGUUUGCAGAGCAAGAUCCUGUGCAGCGGAUUUAUGAGUUUCUCAAAGCAGAACCACUUGAGGGCAAGCAGGGAACGGCAUUCGACCUCGUGUCAAUGGGCAAGAAUCUUAUGGAUGCUCGAAAUGAGUCGAUCGAAAGUGCAGGUCUGAAAAAUGGAACGGUUAUGGUGGAGUUCCUGGAGUAA